AUGAUGCACAAAAACUCCAAGACUGGCCAACGGAAGGUCUCUCCUCCUGGCCCAACUUACAUGAACGGCGAUCAGAUCGCGAACUACUUGAAAGAGCUUCGAUCGAACCGUCCAGCUCGUCCCACCGGCUCUCGCCCAUAUCCAGGAAAAUCAACAACAUCUACAACUACAGCUAGCAUUCAAGAUGACCUACCUCCGCGCGCUUCCUCCGCCUUCUCCAUGCAUCGUCCGUCUGAAGAACCCGUCGAAGAGCAACCCCGUGCUGGCAGCUCAUUAUCGCAUCGCCGAACAACUUCUCACGUCCCCCAGAGUGGCACCACCGAGCGUCCCUUAGCCCAAGGGCCACGCUCAAUGUCUGUACGGAAGAACGUCUUCCCGGCGCAAGUCUUCUCACGCUCUGUUCCAAUUACUUCAUCUCCGGCUCCCUCUUAUCGUGAGAAUGGACAUAGACUACAAGAAAAAGAGGAGGCGCGUUCUCUACGUGAUGCUCUGCAGGGUGUGAACUUGGAAGAUGACGAGACUCGCAUCCACUCGGCAGCCCAGAAUGAGGCUACAGAGCUGGUUUGGAUGCACCAGAACCCUGGCAUGGCCAACAAGAACCCCUACGCGCCUUAUUACAACCCAGACUCUAGCAGGGGAGGUCCAAGCCCCGCACGAAGAAGCUCCGACUUCUCCUCCAAGAAAUGGCGACAUUCAGUUGGUUCCAGUGGCUCCUCGAGUAACCCAUCGAGUCCAGAGUUUACCAUGGACUCGUCGAAAAGACGGUCAUCUCGGGCGGGUAACCUGAAGAAGAAUCUCAAAGUGAAUUUCGCCCUGCCAGACGAUCCACCGGAGAAGCCCGCUUCCAAACCUCGAACAGUCAGUGGUGACUCCUCUAAGGGUGUGUUCAACAAUCCCAAUGACCAUAUCUACGAAGAACCCAACCAGUUCAGUAAAGAAGCAGCCGACGAGCGGCCUUUCUUCUCAAGGUCCGCCUCCUCAGCAUUACGAAAUGAACCCCGCAAUGCACUUCCCCGCACUCCUAAGCCUCUUCCCUGGUUGCGGGAUCGAAACAGCAAUGGGUCUGUCCGUGACAAAAUUUCCAAAUUCGACAUUCACAAGAACCCACCUACCCAAUCUCGGAACGCUGGGUACACAAGAAACGAAUCGACUCCACCACCCGCACCCUCUACCACGGAAGACGAGAUCCCCACAAAAGAUGGAAUUGAGAUCCGCAGUGAUGACAUCCGAGCUGCUACCAGCAAACGGCUCAAAGACCGAAGUGAGAAUCUUCCUAAGCCUUCUGCCGUUAGUGAUCGAGUCGGGCGGCCGAUCGUGAGUUUCGAUCCCAAGUGGCAACCAGCAAACCAACCAAAGUCCGCUGCACCUCCAUUACCCAUUAUUGAGAUAGCAGCGCCUACCAUUGAGGUCACGCCCAGCAUUGAAGUGUCUGCGCCGCCUCCUAUUCCCGUGAUCAAUAUACCAGAUAUCAAAGAGCCAACCAUCUCGGAAUAUAGCUCUUCUACCAAACAAGAAAGCAGACCCAUGAGACAAGCGCCGGCAGCAGCAAACCGUCCGGCUAACCCCAGGCCCCUGGCAAGACAGCCCUCGGAGCCACAGAGUCGGUGGACCACACCAUACAGCCGGUCCGGUGUACCGACUGCCAGCUGCGAGGCCUGCUCGCUUGGUAUUUCUGGAAAGAUCGUUACUGCGGGAGGAUGUCGAUUCCAUCCGGAGUGUUUCGUCUGCUUCCAUUGCCAGACGCACCUAGAAUGCGUAGCGUUCUACGAGGAACCCGCUGCCAGUCGCGAUGAACGCCUGGCAAGCUCACCGGAUGAGGACCGUGUGCCUCGGUUCUAUUGCCACUUGGAUUUCCACGAGCUAUACAGCCCUCGAUGCAAGAGCUGCAAGACCCCUAUUGAGGGCGAGGUGGUAGUUGCCUGCGGUGCAGAAUGGCAUGUCGGCCACUUCUUCUGUGCCGAGUGCGGAGAUCCUUUCAAUUCGACGACUCCCUUCGUUGAGAAGGAGGGCUUCGCCUGGUGCCUCAAUUGCCAUUCUCGCCGUACUGCAUCACGUUGUCAGGGCUGUAAGCAGCAUGUACUGGAUGAUGUUGUUGUCAAUGCUAUUGGUGGACAAUGGCAUGAGCGCUGCUUCGCCUGCCACGAGUGUGGUGAAGGAUUCGGUCCAGAAGGCCGUUUCUUUGUUCGUGAAGGCGAGCCGAAGCGUACGGCCAAAGGUCGUAUCAUUGGUGGACCUGUCCAGCUAGCUGUCUGUGAGCGAUGCGAAGGCAUCCGUCUCAAAGCGCCUGGCAUGUGUUGA